UAUUGAACUGUCCUUGUCAUGUCCUUGUCCAUUACAGCUCCACCAAGAUGACCAACAGUACAUGGAAGCAUUUGAUCAGCUGUUAGAAUGUUGGACAUCCCUGCUAAGUGAGGCCACCCACUUCCCUCCAGCAUACUUCUGUAGCCACGCAAUCCAGAUAUUCAACUGCUACCUCCAGAGUCACUUGGGGGCGCCAGAUGGAACUAGGGAUCAGAAACAGAAUGGAGAUGCAAGUGAAGAUGAUGAAGAUGAAGAAAUUAACGAAGUGGAGGAAGAUGAUAGAGAUCUAUAUGCUGAUCAGCUGAUAAGUGUAGCAGCCAUGGGCAGAGCAACACCACAACAUAGUAUACCUAUAUUAACAAAGUUUCUGGAAGACAGAGCACACAGAUUACACAAUCAUCUAAAUAGGCAUCAGCACCAACAGCAUCAUAAUGUAGAUCUAGAUAUUAAAGGGCUUCAUCAAAUAUUUGAAGACGUCCAUUGGCUUACGUUAAUAACAGGCCACCUUCUAGCAGACGACUUCCGUGGCGAGACACCGAUCAUUCCAGAGCAGCUUAUACGAUACUCCCAGCUAGAAUCUCAACAUGUAAAUACAGAUGUCACACUAAAGGUUUUAGGUUCAAUACAAGAAGACCCCUCUUCAAUACCAGGUCAUGAAAAGGCUGAUAAAGUCAUUAGGUUAGCUGCAGCUGUCCUCCGUAUCUCUGAGAUUGAGAGGAGGGCCGUUCAGGCCCAGCUAGGUGAUCUAUGGAGUCCUCAGGUCGGAAGUACGGUGGUUUGGUUUCUACGGCGAUGGCUCUCAUCUUAUCUCAUGCUCAACGAAUCUUACUAUCAAGAGCUAAGCGUACCCCUGGCAGUUUGUUUUGGUAAGGGUACUGAAGGGAGUAAUUGGCUGACUGGUUUUCUUCUUGAGAAGUGCCUUUCAAAUCUAUCGGUGUGGAGCGGUGAACAUGAGCUAGCCAACGAUACAGUGGAUCUUCUAGUAGCUCUGGUGGAGAAAAAAGAAAGAUGUAUACCUGCUCUGCAGUGUGAGAGCUUCUGGACCAUAGCUAAGCAGCAUGCAAGCAGUUCACCACCCCUAGACCUUCUCCCUCUGGACAUCAAAUCAAAUCUGAUGAAAGCAUUGGUCCUGGCAGGGUCAUUAGCGAACAACCAAGAGAUCAAAGACAGGUUUAUGCAGGAGGUCCUUCUCCCAGUCCAGAAUCGCUUCAAGGGAUUGGUCCAGCAGGAGGACUUUGUCAGAAAAUCCCAGGAUGAAUCCCUCAAGUCAACCCUCUGCAUGCUUCUGAGCCACAUCCGGGGCAUCGUCAUGGGAACCCGCUUCAACUCUGCCGAUGAGCUUUUUCUCUUCACCAUGCCCCUUGCCACGGAGUCGGUUUCACUCAUCAGGACCUAUCAUAAUUGCUCUGAUGUUGUCGAGAUGGUGUUGGAAAUGUUUCUUGAGAUGGGCAGGAGACAGCUGACCUACCUCAAUAAGGCAAACUCCUUCAAGCUGUACGAGAUCUCAUUGUCCCUCCUGGAGACCUACAACCAGUGCAAUCUGGGUAAGCAGACGCACGAUGUCCUAGCGGAAGAAGAGCAGUACCACGACAUAUCCAUCCUGAUUGAAUUACUUACAGAGAUCAUCUCCAAAGACAUGACUGAUUUCCUGCAUGAUGAUGAGCCAAAUCCAGCAAGCAAUGUUUCUGCCCCUGAUGUUGUCCUGUAUGGCCUCAACCUUCUUCUACCUCUUAUUAAUCAUGAACUUCUCAGGUUUCCAACCCUAUGUCAGCAGUACUUUCGGCUCGUCACAUCCAUCGGUGAGCUGUAUCCUGAACGUCUUGUUCGCCCGGGGGCGCUCUUCCAGAACCUCAUGGCGUCGAUGGAGGCAGGACUGACAGAGUUUGGUAGCGACGUUUCCUGUAUGACCCUAGAUGCCUUGACGUCCAUGGCCGAGCACUGUGCUAAGAAUCGUCAAGUGGUGGCGGGCUCUCAGCUUGAUCAUGCCAUGGAGCACUUUCUAAGGGUUUUAUUUGAUACCAUCGUGAGGCAGAGCUUUGAUAUGGAUAUCAUUCCAGCGGCUGGAGUUGCUUUCUACACACUCAUAUGUAGCCAUCAUGAAAAGUACAGUGAGUUGGUUAACAGCAUCCUCCGUCACCAACCAGAUCCUUCCAACUAUCAGCGAUUAGCUACAGCUUUCAGUCAGCUUACACCAAACAAUGAAGUCUUCAAUCUGGACCGUGCCCAUCGUAUCAAGUUCCAGUCCCAACUGGAGAGUUUCCUAGUCAAUGUCAGACCGUUGCUUAUUGUCAAGUGAUGGCAGUGUCCCAAGAGGGGUUGCAUGAACCCUUGGUGUCAGAGGUAGUGCGAUUGGUUCUUGAGGAUCGUCUCCUCUUCGUGGUAUGGCUUACUGCUCAAAGACGUUUACUCCGUUGAACUUGCCUGUAUAUCUGGAUCGCGCCCAUAGUGUCAAGUUCCAAUCUUAGCAGGAGUGUUCCCUUGUCAAUGUCAGAGCGUUUGCUCUUUGUGAAGUGAUGACCAUGCCUGAAGAAGAAUUGACCCAAGAUGUCAAGGUUAGCGCGAUUGGUUCAUUGUGGUUCUCGAUAUCCUCUUUGUGGAAUGGUUUAUUGCGUAAAGACUCUUUAAUAUCUAUGUUGAACUUGCCUCUUCUGUUCAUUAUACGAACCACUUUGGCAUUGACCACUUCUGUCUGGCUGCUCACCACAUUCCAUCUCUAUCAGUGUUAGGGUUUCUAGAACUAAAGGUUCAAGAAUUGAAGGUGUAGGAAUUCAAUGAUUGUAACAUAACAGUCUUGAUAGUCUUUAUUGAAGGUCAUUGAAACUAUCAGCAUUGUGAGGAUCAAGGACUCGACAACUGAAGCAUUUUUGUACAUUGAUGACCUAGAUCGAAGAUCUUGCCUGUUGAGGAUGAAAACUAAGGUUUAAGAAUUCAAGAAUUUUUGUAUCUUUAUGAUCUUGAAC